AUGUCCCUUCAUUUCACAACAGAUGCUCCGUUGUCUGUCAAGAGGCGGAUGCAAGACGACGACAACACCUUCCUCCCGCCGCCUCUAAGCGCAUACGGCCUUGCACUGCUCAAUGACAAGUCCGAAACAAAGAAGAACUUGAGCUCCAUGGAAAUCGGGGAGAACCAUGCUCUACGAGCGAACUUGAAGAAUACGCUUUCCGUUCAUUUUAACGAAUCCUCGCUGCACGAAUCGCAUGUUGAACAUCAAAACAGAAGCAUAGGCUCGCAGAACUUUUCGAAUCACGACGUCAGCGGGUCUAAUAUCAGUGGGAUGAAUAUGAGCAGUCACAAUAUCAGUGGUACUAAUGUCAGCGGGAAUAACACUGGGCAUUCCUUCAGCUCCAAUAUGCAUACAGAAGAGAACGAUGACCUCAUGGAUGCCAAUGAUGCAAGCGCCAAAUCAGCACAUACAACUGCCACGACCCCAGGCGGGUCGCAACCAGGUUUGAACAGAUCGAAUUCACUUGGCUUAACGAAAAAGUCCCGCUUUGCGAGACGCUUUGCCAGAUUAGGGCCUCCAAAACGUGCUUCCGAAGUAUCACCCCCAGGAAAAGAAAAACUGCCUCUGCCAGGCGAACAGGAGAACAAGCCUUCACUUUUGAAGCCCCAGCCAUCUCAUGAGCUCCUCAAUGCCUUCAAAACACCGCCUCUGUUACAGGGCCUCAACCAAGGUCAAAAUAGCCGAGGCUCACCUCGCAGGGUAAUCUCCAAUGAAUCUACAUUUUUCAAGUCUUUGGAGAAGCUUCGGAGCAAUAAUAGUACCGAAGGUCGCUUUAGCCCUCCCUUCGCCGAAAAGCAGCCACUCAUAUCACUGUCAAGAACAUCUCGAAGCAGUACGCCUCCUCCAAAACCCAACGGCUUUCAAGUUUACGUCGAUAAGCCAACUGAUCAGAGGCCAUCUUCUAGAGGGACAUCACACAGACCGUGGAGUAGGCCGCCAUUAUCCAGUAUAUCUCCAAGCAAGAUCAAUGCUGAAAGGGAUGCCGAUAUAUUCAGAAAACCAAAACUACCAAAAUUGUCAACGCACUCAAAUCCAGCUCCUCCUCCAAGGUCAUCAUUCAUUACCCCACAACAACCAUUGCAGGCUUCUUUCCCUCAUAUGGCCAACAACUCCAUACAGCCCCGCAAGACCAUGCAGAUCACCCAAGAUCCCUGUCGAGCGGCUCAGGUGGCGUUGUUGAAGAUGAAGCUUGAACUUAUAGGCAGAGGCGGGACUUCAAAGGUCUAUAAGGUCAGGUCACUCUCUAGUAAGAAGACCUACGCAAUCAAGAAAGUCACAUUUGACCAGUUUGACGAAUCGUGCGUGAAGGGAUUCAAGGGUGAGAUUGAUUUACUUGCCAAACUCAAGAAUGAAUCAAGGGUUGUGCAGCUUCACGAGUUUGCAAUCAAUGAUGGCAGUAUUUACCUCACCAUGGAGUGUGGUGAGUUGGAUCUUGCUCAUGUGUUACAACAAAGACAGGCCAUGGCUUGUUCUCUUGAUUUGAGCUUUGUUAGGUUCCAUGCAAUGGAAGUUCUUAGAUGCGUGGAAGCUGUUCAUCGGGCUGGAAUUGUUCAUAGCGAUUUGAAGCCAGCAAACUUCUUGUUCGUUCGUGGAAUAAUGAAAAUCAUCGACUUUGGCAUUGCCAACGCAGUUCCUGAUCACACGGCCAAUAUUUACAGGGAGUCACAAAUCGGUACUCCAAACUACAUGGCUCCUGAAGCUCUUGUCGAAGUCAACCAUACCCUCAACUUGGCCAAGGGCAAUACAGGCAAUACCUGGAAGGUCGGAAAACCUUCCGAUAUUUGGUCAUGUGGAUGUAUCAUCUAUCAAAUGAUAUAUGGACGUCCUCCAUACGCUUCCUAUGCGGGGCAGCAAAGAAUCAUGGCUAUCAUGAAUCCCCAGGUCAAAGUGCACUUCCCAUCCCAUGGCCUUGGUGAGAUUCCUGUUCCACGAAGUGCCAUUGAAUUGAUGCAAAAGUGUCUUGUGAGAAACCCGCAUGAACGGUUUACAGUUCAACAAUGCCUCACAUCAGACUUCUUAAAACCAAAAGCAGUAAGCAAUGGCUUCGUUAAAGAUGUCAUCAAGUCAGCUGUGAACUAUGGCUAUAAUAGACGUCACCAGGGAGAUCUCUCGGACGACGUUCUUGACAGGCUCGUUGAUAAUAUCAUCGACCAAAUCGAAACUCUUAAUUACGCUUAG